AUGGAUGAUAAUGUAGAAGAAAAAGAGCAUAUAAGUCAUGUUUCUGAUGUUGAUGCUGAUUUCGAUGAUGAUAUUGUUGAUUUCGACAACCUUAGUGAAAUCGCAAGUGAAGAAGAAGACGAACUUACAUAUGGUAACAAUUUAGUUGACGUAAAUGCUGAUGAAUCAGAAGAUGAAGAUAAAGCAGAAGAAUUAUCCGAUGGAGAAGACGAAUUUGAGGUAGAAGAUAAGAGCAAAAGUAUUGAUAAAAUUUACAAGAGAGAUGUUGAAACAAAUGGAGAUAAAAUUACAAAGUCAAAAAUAGCAGUCAAAAGCACUUUAAAUAUUUUUUCUGAUGACGAUGAUGACUUUGUUGAGGUAGUUAGUAGAAGAGAUAAGGGAUCUGUGAUAACUGAAAUACCUGAUUCAAGAAAGGAUAAUUCCAAUGAUGAUGAGCCAGUUCAAAUGAGUGAAAAUAAAAGAACAUUUAAUCAUCAUGAUAAUAAAUCUUCCGAAGCCGAGAUUAACAAAAAAAUUAAAUUGGAUAAGCAUUUAAAUAAUGGGGGUCCAAAUACAUGUCAAAAGAUUUACAACAGAUUAAUUGAUGAUAAAAACAAGAAUUUGAAUGAUUUGGAUGAUUUGGAUGAUUUUCAACUAUAUCAGCAAUAUAAAUUUUAUUUAAAAAAGUAUCCAUCAUUUCUUACAAAUAGUUAUCCCGAAUAUGAUCCUCAAAUUAGCAGAUUACAGAAUAAAUUCAACAAACUUAAAGGCCAUUUUGACACAUACACCACACAAGAUCUUAUUGGAUUGGAUAAAAAGUAUUACAAUUUUAUUAGAAAGAGCCAAAUUCUUAAGAGAAAUUUUCAAAUAAGAAACAAUGAAAUUUUAACCGAAAAAUUAAAUGGAAUAAAAUUAAAGCCGUUUUCUCAAUAUUCAAGUUUAUGGUAUCAUGGUCGAAAAUACUUGACGAUUAAUCAUAUAGGCAAAGUAUGGAUUGAAACCAAUACACAAACACCAAUAGUCUCAAUUGAAAGUUUUAACAAAAGCAAGCUUCGAAAUUAUCAUUUUAAUGUUGAAAAUUUUUACGAUAUUGCAUUUUUAAGUGAAAAGGGCAUUUUGUUGGGAAUAUCUGGGUAUUAUGAUUUGAUUGAAAACAAUAUAUGCGUUGAAGAAUUGGUGAGAUUGAAAAGAAAGUUGAAAAUAUUGUUUAAACCACAUAAUUUUCAUGAGUAUCAAAAUAAUAGCAGUAAUUAUGGUAAUGGUGAUGGAAUUAUUCAAAAACGCUUAUUGGAGAUUGAUAUUGAGGUGUCUAAAAGUGAAUUUAUCAGUUGUAUUACAAUUGCUAGUAAUAUUAUAUUUAUAUUCAUAAGCAGCGGGAAAGUGUUGAAGUACAAUUUAGUGAGUGGAUUGGCGAUUGGAAUUGAAAAGCAACUUCCAGUAUUAGCGGCUAUUGGAAAUAAUGAGUAUUUGUUUAGUAUCAGUAUACGGAACUACCAGACGUAUAAGUUGAGUUACAAUUUGAUUUCAAUUGAUGGUGAAAAGUAUAGUGAGAGUGUUAUUGUUCGAGAUGCGAUUUUUGAUAUAAUACUGAACAGCCGAGAUUACGAAUACAAGAAAAGUAGAAGGAAAGAGAGGAUAAAUGGGGAAGGAGAUUUUAAGAAUGAAUAUUUGAAGGGGAUAUUUUUUAAUGAGAUUAAUAAUAAUCCAUGUUUAUUAGGGAACGAUGAUAUUUUGUACAUGAUCAACGUGAAUCCUGAUCGAGGAGAGAGGGAAAUUGAGAAUAUUUUGGUUCCUGUGUUGAAUAUGGGAGAGGUGUUUAACAAGUAUAACGAGUAUCAUGAUGAUUUGACAUAUAUAGGGUUGGGGAUGAAUGAGAACCAUUUGCAGUGUUUGGUGUUCAAGACGCCGUUUAGCAAGUUUUCGACAUAUGAAGGGAAAAGGGCGAGGUUGUUUAAGAAUGGAAAGUUGAGCGAGAAUUUGAAUAGGAUGAAUGGUGUGUUGCCUGAGUUUUGCAAGGAGAACAAUAGUAUAUUGGUUAAUUUUGAGGUGAUUAAGAAUAAGAAUUUCUUGAGUUAUUUGAGGAGAGGGUAUCUUAAUUCUGGCUUUAACGAGGAGAAAAAGAUUAUUGAGAGUAUUGAAAAGAAUAUUGAAGAAUUGGAUGAGGAUAAAGUCAGCAAGGAGCAGAAGUUGGAAUAUGUUCGGAUGUAUUUUGAGAAAGUUGGGCAUAAGAAAGAGAGAAUAGAGAAGAUAGUUGAAAAACAAAAGUUUUCAAUAAACGAUCAAAUUUACGAGGAAUUGUUAUUACAAGAGAUUGAAAGAAAGGAGAAAAGAAGUAAAGUUGAAGGAGAUGAAGAUGAAGAUGGGAUUAGGGAAAUAGUGGAGAAUAAGAAAAACGAAUUAAUUAAUUUGAAAUUAAGCUAUGAUAAAAGCAUAUUAAAACUUUUUUUGGAACUAUGUCAAGAAGGAAAAUUAGAAGAUGCAUUAGAAGCAGGAAAAAGUUUAAAAUUGGAAGAGAGUUUUAAUGCAGCAAUGAGAAUUGUGAAACGGUUGGAAUUAAGAUUUCUUCACGAAAAAAUGGCUGAAAUCCAAAAGAACAGGAUAUAA